GGGAUGUCUCGUCACGCGCAUACCGGAGACACGGAGGCGCGAGAGCCGCUUCUCACCGGAGACUACCUGCAGCCAGACGAGCUCGACUCAGAUGAAGGUGAAAUAAUUUUCGACAGGAGCGCCUCAAACAUCACACAUGAUGCUGAUGGAAGUUCACAAAGAAGAUUAACAUUUGAGGAAGCAGUAGAGGAAGCAGGUUUUGGUUUGUUCCACUGGCUGCUGCUGCUGGUGUGCGGCUGGGCCAAUGCCAGCGACGCCAUCGAGAUUCUCUGUGUGUCUUUUCUCCUGCCAACGGCCCGCUGUGAUCUGCUGCUGAGCUCCUCAGACAUGGGCCUGCUGACUGCCAGUAUUUUCCUCGGAAUGAUGGUGGGCGGCUACAUGUGGGGAUACUUGGCUGACCAGAGGGGGCGCCGCAAGGUCCUAGUCGUGUCCCUGACAGUGAACGGACUGUUCGGAGGUCUGUCCAGUAUGGCUCCCUGGUUCUGGCUCUUCCUGUUGCUGCGGUUCAUUAGCGGCGUCGGGGUCGGCGGAUCGAUUCCUGUUAUCUUCUCGUACUUCUCAGAGUUUAUGCCCCGCCUGAGGAGAGGUGCGAUGAUCAGCGCUCUGGCCACCUUCUGGAUGGCAGGAAACAUCGUGGCUGCAGGUCUGGCCUGGUUGGUGAUUCCCAGAACCUGGGCACAUUUCUCACUGGGACGACUGGACUUCCAGAGCUGGAGAGUGUUUGUGGUGCUGUGCUCUGUCCCCAGCAUCACCUCAGCCCUCCUCUUCAAGCUGCUCAUGCCUGAAAGCCCCAAGUUCCUCAUGGAGGCGGGCCGGGAGAAAGAGGCGAUCCAUGUCUUCCGCUUGAUGUUUGCGCUGAACAUGUGGAGGAAAGGAAAAACUCUCCCGGAAUUUGGUUUGUGUACCAGCUCCAAGCAAAGAGGGAAACAGGAUGAGACAAAAACUUGGAGCUCACAUAAAGGGCGACUUGGCAGUAUUGUUAAAAAGGGUUUGGUGCCUAUUAAACAGAUAUUUGAUGGUUCACUCAAAUCCAGGAGCAUCGUUCUGCUCAUCAUCUUCUACUGCAUCUCUUUUGGUUACUACGGGCUGUGGAUGUGGUUCCCAGAGCUCUUUGCGAGAAUGGAGGACGGCGGCUCGCCCUGUGCCAAUGUGUCCCGUCCGCCUUCACUCAGCGACCAAAACUGCUACCCAGUCAAGACAGCAGUGUACAUGGAGGGCUUCAUCAUCGCUGCAUCAAAUCUCCCGGGCAACAUCUUCACUAUUCUCAUGAUGGACGGCAUCGGAGGAAAGGCUCUGCUGUCCUGCAGCCUGCUGGUGUCCAGUCUCAGUGUCUUCCUCAUCUACGUGGUCCAGACUAAAGCCCAGAGUCUCGCCCUCUCCUGCGUGUUCAGCGGCGUGUCGGUGAUCGCCUGGAACGCCCUGGACGUGGUGGGAACGGAGCUCUACCCGACCCAGCUACGGUCCUCUGCUCUCGGUUUCUUCACAGGAGUGGGCCGAGUGGCGGCGAUCAUGGGUAACGUAGUGUUUGGAAACUUGGUGGACACAAACUGCGCCGUGCCAGUUCUGCUGGUGUCGGCUCUGCUGCUGACUGGAGGACUCGUAGCUCUCCUCCUUCCACAAACCAGACAGACAGAGCUCACCUGAUCACUCGCGUUAUUAUACAUGAAUAAAUGAUUCGCACACGUCCUCCUAACGUCCUCACGGAAGCAGACCGGAGGAUCACUGAAUCGUAUAUAUAUAUAUAUCUGCUGUUCCUGCUUGUAGAGGAUAUUUGACUCCUGUGCCUUCUGUCAUCUCUCUGUGCCUUUUUAUGGUGCCAACAA